ACCUCCUCCAGCACAUCCGACCGUGGAUUCGCGUUCCUGGUGCCCAUCUCCGGCGACACCCAGAUGGUCCCCGUUCAAGGCACCGCUACCAUCACGUUCAGCGCGUCCAGGCGCAGCCCCUGCGACCACUCAUUCCUCGUGGUUCACUCCGAGCCAUCGAAUCCAUCCACGACCAGUACCUCUGUCCGUGUUGGCGACCAAAGCUCAGGUUCCAGUUUUGUUCAGUUUCGUCAGAUCCCACGUUUUGGAGACAGUUUAUUUGUACGCGUGAGGCAAUCUGAAUCAGCACCAGCAAAGCAGUCCAGUGGCUAUAGCUUUGAUCUUUUUCACGGUGGUAUGAGCAUCAAAUCCAAGCGUAUGCUCUGCUUCUUGUCGAUGGUGCAGGCCAGGUCCGGUCCAACAUCUUUCCACUAG